UGAACCAGGAUUCAAAUGUCUGCUGAUUAAAAGUUAAGCUUAACUUAACUUAAAUUAAUGGUGAAAAUAUGGAUAAACUGGGGGCUGGGUCUAUUGCCCCGCGGUCGGAUUUUGGCGCUGUCACAGAGCCGGGACAAAUAGUAGUUAUGUAAACAGGAUGCGAAUUCCGAUGGUCAAGUCACUCUAUCCUAAGAUAGUAUGAUAUGAAUACAAUGCGGUCCAAUGUUUACCAUCCCAUGCACAAUACAUUGUCGUUCGAGUGGGUUCUCAUGACGAACUUCGGGUAAUAGUUGCUUAGUAAGGUGUGUUCCUCUGACACGCCGAACCGAGGCACCCACCGGGUGCUUCCCCCGCGCUUCUCAAGGGGAGCGAUUGAUGCUAUCGUAGAUCUUCUUCUCCCAGUCCCUAUACCCUUAAUAUUCCGCCAGUCGAAAUAUAGCCCUGGGCCACAGUGCAGAAGUUGUUAUCACCCUGUGCCCUCCUGAGGCCAUGUCAGACUCCGUCGGUACGUCACCUUAGCUUCCCCCUAUUUGCUCAUGUACCAAUUUGUUGACCUUGGACCGCGGAAAGCAGACCGAGUAUUCGCCCACGCAUUACAGACUGUUCGGAAGAUACCCAAGACCGGAUCCGCACGCCCGCCACCUGAGGACCGACUGAAGCUGUAUGGACUCUACAAGCAGAGCAUGGGUGAGUUGUUUCGUAGCUUGAGCUCUGGGCCCGGGCGCUGAUUUCCGGCAGAGGGGAAUGUCAACGGGGUUAUGGAACGGCCAUCAGGGUACGGGAAUGAAUCGAAGGCCGAAAAGGAUAAAUGGUUUAGCUUGGCUUCCCUUCGCGUGGGAGCGGGGAUGAAGUUUAUGCUAACGAAGCCUCUAGGGAUGCAUGGAAUAACCAGGCGGGGCUUUCCAAGACUGAAGCGAAGAGGCAGUACAUCACGGCACUGAUAGAGGUUUGCGGUCCGUUGCUCGCAUUUUUUUGGUGUAGGGAGUAGGGGGGGGUGGGGUGGUUGGGCUGUGGGGAUGAAGGGCGAGUGCUAAUGGAAUGCAUCAGACAAUGCAUAAAUAUGCCUCGAAUACUCCGUAAGCCCCUAAGUCUUCCUCGGUUCCUUACUUUAGACUAAUUUAAGCCUCCCAGCGAAGCACGGGAGCUUGUAUCAGAGCUGGAAUUUGUUUGGGAACAAAUAAAGUUAAAUGUUUCCUCCCUCUCAACGCCUUCCUCAUCUACCUCCCCAUUUGCUCAGCACUCAUCGGCUCUUAUUCCGAUGCCUUCUGGCUCAUAUCCCGAUUUCGGCGGCGAUUCGCAGCAUCACCUGGGCCUUGUCUCCCCCAAUCCCUUUGGCGAAGACGAGUUUGACGACGAGGAUACCGGCAUAGACACCGACCACCGAACUAAUCGUAAAUGGCGACGGCGUGUGGAACAGGCACUGGCCAAAAUGGCAACCGAGGUAGCCGCUCUCAGAGAGCAGCUAGAGACUGCGCGUGCCCAGAAGAGACGCGGGGGGUUACGGAAUUGGGUGCUGUGGGCCAUCUACGUCGUUGGGCGGCAUUUGGUUAUUGAGGCGGUGUUUUGGGGGUUAGUCUUUUUAUGGAUGAGAAGGAAGGGUGAUAGGGUUGCUCAAGAUGCAUUAAGACUUGUGAUCCGAUUUGUCAGGGAACGGUUGAAGUUGGGGAGCGUUCGAGGGACGAGGGGGGUCAGGGCUUCCUACUGAAUCUCUAUGUUUACGGCGGCCUUUUCUUUUUAUCGUACCUACGGCGUCACGGGAGUUCUAUUUACUUUUUUUUCUCACUGCCUCUUUUGAGUUUUAUUUUAAUAGAUCACAUGUAUAUAUCGAUAUGAUAUGAGUUGGCUAGAUACCCUUGGGUUAAUACCAAUGGAGUGAUCCCUUCCAGUCUCAAUGUUUGUAGUAAUGAGUUGGGUUGUUAUUUAAUUCUAGUAUAAAUUUCGGGGGAGUUUUUAUUGAUGGUCUACGAAUUUAUCCCGGACGAGACAAGGUGUCAGGGAUAUUGCAGUCACAGAGCCCGGAACUUCUUACCCCGGGCUUUCAUUCCUAUCGAAUCUUUACAUUCAUGAUACCAGCACUCCACGAAAGAGAAAC